AUAAAUAAAAAUUGUAUAAUUCUAUUUUUCCAAUUUUUAUUGAGGCAAGUUUCUGUGAUAUUCAUAAUCGAAUCGACUCCGGUUUGGAAAGUGUUGAGCGAAAGGAGAAUAUCGACUGUACCAAAUUAUCAUUGCACGUUUCUUUUUUCAGAAAAUCAUUCUUUUCGUCUGAAUCAGUAACUGAAACAGAGAACCAUGGUAUAUUAUUUGAUAAUAAUAUGCACUGUCGUUGCAGUACUUCUAGUUUAUUAUUACUAUAUAUUAGUAUUUAAUUUCUGGAAGAAGCGCAAAAUCUCGGGACCAAAACCAGUAUUCUUCUUUGGAAACUUUAUAGACAUCAUGUUUUCAGAAAUAGCUUUGCCACAAUAUAUUAAAAAUCUUUACGAAACCUAUACAGGUAGAAUGAUUGGGUUAUACAUGAGAUCGACGCCCGUACUAGUUUUAAAAGAUCCGGAGUUAAUCAAAGAUGUUCUCAUCAGAGACUUUUCGAAAUUCGCUGAUCGCGGAUUUAAUGUCCAUGAAAGAGUCGAACCAUUAUCGCAGCAUCUGUUCAACUUGGAAGCAAAACGAUGGCGUCCAUUGAGAUCGAAGCUCACUGUGUACACAUCUGGCAAAUUGAAAAAUAUGUUCGAUCUGAUCAUUGAAUGCGCAAACUAUUUCGAAGAAUAUCUGGAUAAAAUGGUUGCGCAGGGAGAACCUGUCGAUUUUCGUGAGAUAACAGCAAAAUUUACAACGGACGUGAUAGGAUCAUGUGCUUUUGGGAUCAACAUGGGUGCACUGUCAGACGAAGAGAGCGAAUUUCGUAAAAUCGGUAAACAAAUUUUUGAACCAUCUUUGGAGGCGAUAAUACGAAUGAAAUUCAAACUGAUGAUGCCGAAACUGUACGAUUUGUUGGGUUACAUUGUGCCGGACAGAAGACUUGCUCCGUUUCUAACCAAGCUCGUUACAGAUACUAUGAAAUGCAGAAAACAGAACAACGUGUAUAGACCUGACUUUAUACAUACGCUAAUGCAACUUAAGGAAGACUCAAAAAAGUUACACGAUCUUGAAUUAACAGACUCUUUCAUAACCGCACAAGCUUACGUUUUCUUUGCCGCUGGUUUUGAAACUGGUUCGACGACAAUGAGCAAUGCACUUUACGAACUCGCGCUGAAUCCCAAAAUUCAAGAGAAGUUACGCGAAGAAAUCAACGAACACUAUAAGAAACACAACGGAGAGUUAAAUUACGAGUAUAUUAAAGAUAUGGAAUACUUGGACAAAGUAUUUAAAGAAACAUUAAGGAUGUAUCCACCAGGAACUCUGUUACCAAGAAAAUCAAAUUCUGAAUAUAUCUUCCGAGAUCCACAAAUCAGUAUACCGAAGGGCGUGAUGAUUUGGAUACCCGUAUACGCGAUUCAUCGUGAUCCCGAAAUUUAUCCGAAUCCUGAUGUUUUUAAUCCCGAAAAUUUCACUCGAAAUGCCAUUGAUGCUCGACAUCCGAUGCAUUAUUUACCAUUCGGCACUGGACCAAGAAAUUGUAUUGGUGCACGUUUUGCUGUUUAUCAAACCAAAGUGGGUAUAAUCACAAUUCUUCGCAAGUAUAAAGUGGACGUUUGCGAGAAAACUAUGAUCCCUUAUCAAUUUGACCCAAAUGCAUUUCUGCUAGCUCCAAAAGGAGGGAUCUGUUUGAAGAUAACAAAAAUAUAAACGUAAUUCAAAAUUACGAUGGCUUUUUAAAAUAUAUCGAUUGUAAUCGUCUAAUUAAAAUCGGUACCCAGUGUGUUUUGUAACAAAGCAGU